AUGGCAUAUUUUGGUAAUGGAAGCGUUUGCCGAUGUUAUUCAUUUGUCACAUCAACUGCAAUGAGUUUUCCUGUUAAUUUCCUAUUUUUCCUUUCCAACUGUGGUGUUUUGUGUACUUUACUGUAGGGAAAGUGGAACUCAACACCCCAACAGUUACUGAUCCAUGUGAAAAGCGUGCGCGUGAAUAAUUAUGUGAAUAAAAAUAGACUUGCAUAUCCAAGCUCUCCUUCCAAUAAGAAGGCACAGAUUUUCUACAACUCGGUCGCGAGAAAAAAGUCAGCGAACGAGAUAAGAGAAGGUUGGGAUCGCCUUGGAGACGCUAUCGUUUUCGAUUUCGUCGAAAAUGGACGAGCAAAUUAGCAAGAAACGGCUGACCAACCUCGGCGGUUCGAAAAAGGAGAUAAUUUUGAGUCGCUCGUUGGGAGCCGACAGCUCAACUGGCCGGAAGAAUGCGGUCGCUGCUGCUGCUGAGCGGCUGGCGGCUCCUGCGUUGGAUUCUCCUUUUUUCCAGUACACGGAACAGGACCGGCGGCGAGAUGAAGACAUCUUGAAGAGAUUUGACCAGGAAAUCGGGUUUGAUGAUCAUCGAGCGAUUGAAUUCAGCCGCCUGACUACGAUACCCAAAAAGAGGAAGAUGUCCAAGGCGAAGAUAGUGAAGGAUUCAGUAAAUAUCGAACCAGAGGUGACUGAACUUGAAUCUACAUCCUAUGACAAUCCUAAUACGCGUCUACAAUCCAAGGAAACAUCGAGCGAUUUCAUAGUGUCUAAAUCGAGUAGAACUUCCCCAGCACGCCGCCGAAUUAAGAAUACUAUUCCAUCGGACAAUUUUGAGCGAUACUUGGCGUCAAUUAUCAGAAGAUAUCCACCAAUGACUGAGCGCGAUCGAGUAAUGUUUUGGAAAUUCACGCCAGACACAACCGAAAAUGAAAAUGGUGUCAAAAACGAAUCAGCAGAGACAAAGUCAAUAACACAAAGUACAAAUGUGAGAAAGAUAAUGGAGAAUAAUAAUGAAAAACCUUUUCUCGCGGGUGUUGAAGCAAAGAACAAACAAAAAGGUAAUAUAUCGGAGGCAGAAAGCAUUCUCCUUACAAUAAAUACGACCACAAAUGAAUUGAUACAAUCAGAAUUCCUACAUUCUGCUGAUCCGAAAACAAUAUCGACAUCCCCAGUGAAUUUAUCAGAGACCAGGGAUAACUCAAGUAUAAUCAAAAUCUAUCCAAGGCGUGAACCCCUGCGAAGGGUUUAUGGAAACGCUCGACAAAUGAAGCAGAAGUCCUCUAAUAAGGAUAGUGUAGAUUCGGCCUUUAAAGUUCCCUCUAAUGAAGACUAUCCAAACAAAACAAUCAAAUCUAUACUCAACAAAGUGGACGUCUCAUCUACACAAAAAGAAGAAUUUUAUAAAUACUUAGGUUUAGAAACAACAUCACCUAAUGGAAGAAGUGACCAUACGGUCACAAAGAAGAACAACAAAAGGCGAUCUUUAAGAGUCAGACAGAUGCAAAUAAAACAAGAGACGAACAAAAGGGCGAAAGAACGUAGAGAGAGUAGUCCACCGCUGGAAAAUUGUGACCAGAAGGAAAACGAAAAACUUCAAAGGAUAUCUCACGAAGCAAUAACAUCCCUAUCGGAUGGACAAAGCAAAUCCUGCAACGAAAAUCUGGACGAUCGACUGCAUCCACUUAAUGGCUGUGAAUCACAUUCAAUUAGUGGUCGCGAACUUCUAUCACUAAAUGGUCGAGAAUUUUCGUAUACAACACAACGAAGAACAUGUGGAUCAAUUGUACGAUCUGUUUCGGAUAGGUGCAUAGAAUCAAAAGGUACAAACGUUUUACAAAUAAUGGAGAGAAUCGACUACCCAAAACAAAAAGGCAACUCUAAAGCAUUAGACAAUUCAUUGAGUCUAUCACAGCAGCCCUUGACACGGUCAGCAGCAGUUAACAACAACAAUAAUAAUCAAGAAAUAGCGAAAACUACUGUAAAAUAUAACACCCGUAUGUAUCGUAAAAACGGUUGUAGUUUUGGAGAGUUCGGUCAAGGACUACAUAUGCCGCCUAAAGAGAAAACUUAUGAAGUAAUUGAGCUCGGUAUUAAUAGUACACAAGAACAGCAGGAAACAACUAAGAGUCCCUCUGGAUCAACUAAGGAAGUUCGUUCAGAUAUAAUCGAGGUAGGAAGAAAAUGUCAGAAAAAGCAUAUGCAACAGAAAGUUCCUGCUGUAAUUUCUUGCAUGGAAUCCGUUGCAUACGAGAAGCCCAUCCGCCUGAAAGAAAUAGAGGAAAAAUUCGCCAAUAUGGAAGCCAGUAGCAUUCACAUAGAAGAUGAAAAGGCGAUGUCGGGAAAGUCGGAACUUUCGAAUAAUUCGCCGAAGGAUUCCAUUGAAGUAGAAGAAACAAUUGAUCAAGAGUCAUUUCAAUCGGAUUUAAACGGCUUUGAUACGGCUUCUCUUGAAAAUGAAGACAUCGACUUUCAAGCAAGAAAAUCUUCAGAUAAUUCAUCUGCGUUACGAUCGUCCAGUCAUGAAAGUAGAAUUAAAUCACUGGAAAGAAACUCAUUUGAAUUACUGUCGCAACAUUCAAAGCGAAGGAAGUCAAUCAGUGAAUCGGAAUCACCCAAACUAAAUUCUAAGGUUGAAUUCGUCGAGAAUGAUUUGAGUGAACACAAUGUGAACUUUCUUGCGAAAGAUGAGGUCACAAACUUAAACAGAAAUCAGUCAAUCAGUGGAAAGUCGAGUGAAUAUAAAUCGCAGCCACGUUUGGAAUCAGAAAUUUCUCAAGUGGAAUUAAAUACCGCGAAGUUUAAAGAAAAACCUCCUACAGACCCUUUGCUAGUAGAACCAGAUAUAAUCUCGAGGAAGCCCCGUGGGCGUAAACUGAAACGUUUGGUUUCAGUACAUAAAUCACCAUUGAAAUUAUUACGUUCAUCUGGAUCAACUCAAAGACUUUUACGACCGAAGAUUCUCAAGGUGCUGACGAACCGUUUGAGGAAGACUAAGUCAAAACCCAAGUGCAAUAAGAAAACUCUCAUCAAUGUUAGUUCAACUACAGAUGAUUUUUUGAUACCGAUUUCAAUGGAGGAUGCAGCUGUGAAAUCUGAUACGUAUAUUGCCCAAGAUCCGUCAAUUUCCCAUUCGGUUGUAUCGAAUUCAAACGAAGCGGAUGAAUUGAAAUCCGAAGUUGUAUGUAAAGCUAAUGUAGACUGUUUAGUGGAAGAGGAAGCUCCAAACCUGCUGUCUAAUCCUUUGCAAAAAUCAAAUGGGGCCGUGUUACAUGGUUUCUACGAACAAGAUUUUCUCAUCAUCGUGCAAGAGCAGAAGAUAAGUUUCUGGAAGUAUAUGAAAGUGAUAAAAAUGUUUGGCCUGCCGCAGGAAUGGGAGCUGUUGGGUGAACGCGACAGAUUACUAAAUGAUAUGGAAAUUACGUCGCCAUAUAAAAAUCGACUUUGUAUGAAUGAAAAUAAUCCUGUAUACGUAGAAAUGCGUGCAAAACAACUUCCCGACGAUUCAUUCCGGGCAUGCAACAUGGCAUCAACUUAUGUGAAUAUCUACUAUUUUGACGAAUGGAAGGCAGCAGUGGUGCUGCAUUCUGUCUAUCUGGACACGGUUCGAUGUAUUCACACCGACCUUGUAUAUACAACAAUAACUAAUUCACGGUAUUUUGUAAUGUGCUGGAAGCAAGAGAAUAUUACAAACACAAUUCGAACAGGAUUGUGUAAAUAUUCUUUGACACCAGAUCUUAACACGCUGGCCAGUAUUCGCGAGUUUAAAACAAUGCGCCAUGAAAUAUCCCACUUGCAAACUCUUAGUGAUGAUAAAUUGAUCGGAUUAGGGGGUACACGCGUUACUAUUUGGGAACAUACUACUGGCGAUGUUUUGGUUGAUAUAGAUUUCAUUACAGCAGUCGGCGAAACUGUGGGAUCAAUAUAUUGUUCCGUGGAGUUUCAGAAUUAUUUGUUUUUAUAUCAAAAACAAGAAAACGAGGCGACUGGCGAUCCACAAUUGGUUGUCUUAGCAGUUAACCUAUCAGAGCACCCUUUCGAUUUUAAAACUAUUCACAGGCAUGACUUACCGUCAAAUUUUUCAUGUAUAAAAUCAUCUCUUAGUACAAAUGACUUGAUAAUAAUUACUUCAAAUGAAUCGUCCGAGUGUAUGCUACUUGCUCAGCAGCCUCAUCGAUUAUUUUUCAAUAAUGCACGGAGAAAGCUGGAUCUAGAACGUUUCUAUUCAACCGGAAGUCAGUAUUUUGUCGAGGUAUCCAAUGAAAACUUAAUUGUAAAAACAAUUCAUGAGUUUUUAUUAGAUUUUGUUAAGUAAAUGAAUCACUUAUAUAUUUAUUUCAUUAUGUCAACAUUGUAAUGUAAUUAUGUUGAAAUUUUGUUGUAAAGAUGGAAGAGAAAAAAUGUUUAACUGUCGACGUUGCGUCAUUUAAAUUAAUGAUUACAAUGAAAGUUUAUUAAAAAGAAAGUCUAAUUGAAUUAAAAUAAUUUGACAUCUUCUGUUUCGAAAAGGAUGUACAAUAAGUCAGUAAUUAAGGAGAAAAUAUUACGGAGUCAAGAUAAUAAGGAAAUUAUUGUACCGAAGUGCAAAUGAUGCUUUAAUAAAUUUAAAAACGUUCUAACUGGAAGUUUCGAUUAUGACUAUACAAACAUGAUUUAUGUUAAAAGCCAUUUUGUUUAUAUUUCAUUAUUCAUCCUAGCAUAUAGUACUUGUAAUCAUAUAUUCGAACAUGUAAAAGCGUAGAGUAUAUUUUAAAAUACAGAUUUCCAUAAAUGUUCAAAUUUAA